AUGCCGCUCUACUCCUCUACUAGCCGCUCCAAGAAGCCAAAGAAAGAUGUCACCAAGAGAGCAUCCGCAUCGUCGACGGUCUCAACGACUUCGAAGGGUUCCAAAAACCCCGCAGAGAAACAUAAGAAAGAUAGCCCCCGGAGUCAACCGUCGUCCCUCCGAGAGUCUGGCGCCUCUGGGGUUAAUUCCAAGGCACAACCACCUCCACCUCCACCUCCUCUGGGUAAGGUAAAGGGUCACGACGUCAACCCUCCAAAUGUGUUUGAGUAUCUCGAUUCAGAUUCCGAUCCCGAUUCCGACUCCGACUCCGACUCCGAGUUCACAUCGUCAGAUGAAGAUGAGUUGAGCUGUCCAUCAAUUCCUCCCACCUCUCAAUCGAAGACUGGAAAUCCUGCGGCCAGUCGCAAACAUAUCCCAGCGACCCAACCUGGCGUUGGCCGUAGUCGAACGUCGUCGGUUAGAUCCAAGGAUUCUGCUGGUUUUACCCAUCCACCUGGCGCAUUUGAUGCGUCCCCUCUCCCGGCGACGCUACAACUUGCCAGACAGAAUGGAUCGCAUCGAAGGCCUUCUUCUACCGAUGGAACACAGAGUGUGACUGGAUCUCUGAACGACGGUACCCUCCCCCCGGAGCAUCGCAACCUGGAACUGGUUCCAGAAGAUUAUUAUUCUAGAAAUCCUACCACUUUACACAGACCAUCUUUCCCACCAUCGCCUCCACAGAGCCCAGAGGAGGACCUCCACCGGUCCGGCCGAAAGAUUAGGCGUACCACCAAGUCGUCCCGCCUGCCCACGGGCUAUGGACUUCUAGCGUGGCGUCUGAGCGAGCCGGCGGAGGGCAAAGAGCCACGUCUACCUCCGCUCUACCGUCGUUUUGACGACGUGAACCACCGUGUUCUCUUGUACCUCCAGGAUGAAAUCUCCCAGCUGGAAGAAGAGCUCCGAGUCUUGGAUGAUUACGAUGAAAUGCAGAGGAGGGCCAACGCUGAACAAGAGGGGGCCAAGUUAGUACCCGCCUCGCGGCGUAUGGACGUGCAAGCCCAGGUCUACUCCUCUUUGCAUUAUAGACGGGAGGAGGUAAUGGUAAGAGACGUUCUUGGAAACAGAAGCACAAUGGUGCAUUCAAAAACUAAUAAGGAGUGCCUUAAAUUAGACCAUGCCCUAGGUGCAUACAGUAAAGUGCUCCAAACCCUCCCCCGUGCCACUGCCGCGGACACGGAAAUCUACCGCGCCUGGAUGAAAGAGAACAACCCUAUUGCUGUAAACGAAAUGCGUUUCCUCGACCACGCAAAGGACCUAGUGUCCCUCACUCCACAAGCAGCCACCGUCUCUAAUAUAACUUCCCCCGUCUACACCGCCAUCAUCAUCGCCUCUGCGGCAAUCAUUCUCCCCCUGCUAGCCUUUGGGAUGAUCUCCGAGUUCACGGGCCGCAUUCUCGUCGCCGCCGUGGUCGGUGGUGCAUCUGCCGCCGUCGCAGCCCACUACUCGACGGGAGCUGAACACCUCGUUAAAUCGCAGGAUGGCUGGCGAUGUGCCCUGGUAUAUUUCGGCUUCAUGACCAUAGCCGCGAUAUGUAUUUGAUUCACCUACUAUUCUGAUUUGAUCUAAGCGACACCACGUACUAUACCCACCUGGCCUGUGCCUAUCACUACCGAGGGCUAAUGGAACCUUGGACGACGUAACGAAUCUUCUUCUAUGGGACGGCGUAUUCAUGACUCAUUGAUUCAUCGACUGGCUGAUUGAUAAUAUAUUAACUUCCGCUACAGGACUCUGUAUGUUUUUGUUGUAGGUUUCGGGGAAAUGCGCCAGGAGGGGAAUUGACAGGAGGCAGGAAGGGCCUUUGAUUAUAGCACCAACUACUCCGUACUCCGUGCUGCGCGGUAGUAGCCAUAUAGUGAUUCGAAUUUUUUUUUCUUAUUCCGAUUUAUCUUUCUGUAUUGGUUUUAUUUAUUUGUGGCUGUAUUAUAC